GCAUGCGCUCAUUUUACUAGCAGCACCUCUCGAUCGGUACAGCACGCGGAGUGGGAUAAAAUAUAACAAAACGUUGUACCUGCUUAAAGGAGCCGUGGUCUGUGUGGUACCACCAACCAACUCACCGCGUUUUCAAAGAAAACCUCCAUUGCUUGGAUCUUGAACGGAAAAUAUUGAAAGUGGUUUUUAUAAAGAAGGAACUGAGAAACGACUUUAACAAGUGGAUACUGUAGGUUAGUGGUACUUUGGCAGACGCCUAAGAUAUAUAUAUAUAUAAACGAGAUUACUCGGCAAGGAAGAUGAGAAAAACAAUACCUGCAAAUUAGGACCAGCUGCUCAGGACUUCUACAGAAGUGGUCCAUUGGACAAGAAUGGCUUGAUUUUUUUUUUGGCGUGAAUGAUGGGCAGAUUUUGACAGCAGCACUCAUGCUUCACGGAAAGAAAAAGAAAGUUUGUUGCGUCUGAUUUGGAUAUUAUAUUCUGAGACACGUUGUGUUGUCUAUAUUGCUAUAAAUCGGCGAGACCACCUGUUUGGUGUCGGAUAUUCAUCAUGUCCAAAGUGAUCCAAAAGAAGAAUCACUGGACCACUAAAGUUAACGAGUGCGCGGUCCUCAAAGACGCUCGCGGUGACUUAAAUGUGCAAUUGCUCGGUGGUGCGGAGAACGGAGAGUUCGCCUACAUCGGACAAGUUAACGAUGGUAUCGUGGUUUACAAAAAUGGAAGAUUAACAGAGGGGGCGUUGAUAUUGGAAGUAGAGAACCUCUCGAUCUCUGGGUUGCCCCUGUAUGAUGUACAGACAGUGAUAAAGAAUUGCAGUGGUCCCAUCAGAUUGAGAACGGUCAGACAAGGAAACAAGCUGAAUAAGGACCUGAAGCACUAUCUGAGCCAGCGCUUCCAGAAGUCCUCUCCGGACCACGAGCUGCAGCAGACCAUCCGAGACAACCUCUACCGCCACGCCGUGCCUUCUUGUAGUGGCACAUCCGAGGGAGAGGAGAGUGGCCAGCCACGAAAAGAAAAUACCCUUCAAAGUGAAAAGGAGCGGUUCAGAAGGAAAGGAGAAUUGAGGGUACAACCCGUCCCCCGCGUCACGGAGAGGUCCCUGGGAUAGAUUACAACUUCCUGCCGGUGGAGGACUUCCUGGCGCUGGAGCAGAGGGGAACCCUUCUGG